AUGUAUCGCGAUGUCGUGCAUCGCCGCUGGGCGCGCGCGUUUCUCUUCCACCUGCUCUCCAUCGGCCCCUUCCUCUUCCUCUGGGCCGCGCCGCUCGUCGUCCGCGCGGGCCUCCUCCCGUCGCUCCUAUCUUUCUUCUCGCUGCGCCUCUACCUCGCCUUCGCGAUUUUCGAUAUUUCGCAGCUUCUCUUCGUUCUAGCUCGCCACGCCAUCGUCGUCGCCGAUGCCCCUCCGCUCCCCUCCACCGCCUCCCUCCUCGCUUCCGCCGCAAAUCUCGCCGGAUUUUCCGGCACAUCAGAUCCACGCCCGCUCGUGCAUCAAGACCAACAGAUUCGCGCAGUGCUCGGCGGGUUUCGCGGCCCCGCCAGCCAAUGGGAGGCGGAAGCGGCUAGGGCGACGCUGGCGGGCCGCGCCAAGUUCGCCGCUCUCUGCGCCGCGGCGGGAGCCGCAGGAGCGAUCGCGCUCUCGCUCUUCCGCGCGCAGCUUAUGGGCGGCGCGGCGGAGAUCGAAUCCAACAGCGCGUGGUGGCCCGACGGUUGGGCCGUGGCGGGCGAGGCUGGAUUCGGCGUCGCGGUGGGUGUGCUGUUCGCGGCGUACCACGUGGUGCGGCGCGACUACCUCCUCGCGUUCCCCGUGCUGCAGGUGCGCCGCGCAGCUGGGUUCCACCCCGCCCACCCGUGCAUCUGCUGGCCGCGCUGCUCCGGACAUGCUGGGGGCACUGAUCCGCUCGGGCCAGGCCGCGUCCCCCCAUGUGCUCCACCACCCGCACAUGCGCCUCCGUUCCCGUGCCAUAGCCCUCGCACCUGCCGCGCGGCAAGGCAAGGGCACAAGGGCACAAGGGCAGUGGAGACAUGCCGCUGCAGCGCUGCGCUCCAUGACUCACGUCUCCAAGCCCCUCUAAGCCCCCAACCCUCUAUCCUGAAACCCAACUUCCCACCCGAAAUAUCCCCCCCCCCCCCUGUCGCUCUGUCUGUGCCAUCCUGCCACACCCCAUACCCCCCACAGCGCGCCCCGUUCUACCGAUUUAAGACGACCCUCCCCCGGUGCGCCACGUCAGCAGCCACGUUCGGGUGCCUCACUGCGCUCCUCUACUCCCUCCUGCUCCGCCCGCUCCUCCUGCCCCUCCUCGCCACCGCCACCACCGCCGCCACCGGCAUCCCCCUCCCCUUCCUCGCCCCUCCGCCUCUCUCCAUCCGCGCGCUGCUGCUCGCCCUGCUGGCCCGCCUGCACGCCGUGGCGUUGCUCGCCUUCUCCUGGGAGGCCGCUGCAGCCGCCACGGACAUCUUCCUCACCCACCGCCACCUCUUCCUCCCCCCGCCCCACUCCCCCUCCUCCCCCAUCGCCCCCCUCCUCCUCGCCCUCUCCCCCUCCCCGUCCCCCGCCCCUCCUCCGUCCCCGCCCCCCCUGCCCCUCCUCGCCCUGCCCGCGCCCCCCGCCCUGCCCCGCCUCGUGCUGCACUGGGCGCUGCUCGACCUCUCGCUGCUCGCCGAAUCAGAGGCCGACACGUGGCGCCGUGCGGCGCUGUUUGAGUCGCAGGAGGCGUACAGCGCGGUGGUGGCGGCGUGCAUGCUCCCCCUCGAUGCCAUGACGGCCCGAGUCGCUGCCGCCGCUGGUUACCCCACCGUUACAGGUGCACUGCAGCAUCAGCAGCAGCAGCAGCAGCAGCAGCAGCAGUACUCGUUACAGUCACCCUCGGCUGCAGUCACAGCAGCCGGAUUUGCUUCUGCUGAAGGGUUGAGAUGGCGGCAGGGGAAGGGCGGAGGGGAGGGGGUGGAGGGGCAGGCGCUGCAAGGGGGGGGGGUCGGAGGAAGCGGCACAUAUGGGGGGUUUGGGGGGCAGGCCUGGAAUGGAGGGGUGAGAUCAGAUCUUGGGGCAGCCGCGGGGGAAGGGGGGGGUGGAUUGGGUGUGGGCGGGACGGAGCAGAGGAGAGGCGCGGGCGGGGCAGGUGAGAGGGCGGCAGGUGAGAGGGCGGCAGGUGAGAGGGCGGCAGGUGGGAGGGCGGGGCAGGUGAGAGGGCGGCAGGUGGGAGGGCGGCAGGUGGGAGGGCGGCAGGUGGGAGGGCGGCAGGUGGCAGGUGGGGUUGUGGCAGGUGGGGUUGUGGCAGGUGGGGUUGUGGCAGGUGGGGUUGUGGCAGGUGGGGUUGUGGCAGGUGGGGUUGUGGCAGGUGGGGUUGUGGCAGGUGGGGUUGUGGCAGGUGGGGUUGUGGCAGGUGGCGUUGUGGCAGGUGGGGUUGUGGCAGGUGGGGUUGUGGCAGGUGGGGUUGUGGCAGGUGGGGUUGUGGCAGGUGGGGUUGUGGCAGGUGGGGUUGUGGCAGGUGGGGUUGUGGCAGGUGGGGUUGUGGCAGGUGGGGUUGCAUCACAUGCAUGGGUUUCUGCAGGCGGUGCAAAAAGGCUCCUGAUACCUCCAACAGUCACCGCUGCUGCCCCUCCCCCUUUCCUCUCCCACAUGCCCGACCCAUGCACCCCUGAUUCUCCCAUCCCAAUUCCACGUCUUCCACACCCCUCCAUUUAUACCCCACGUGUCUUUCCCCCACACCAGCUGUGCGCCAUGAGCAUGCGGGCGCUGGCAGCGCUGACAGCAGCAUCGCGCACGGAGGACCGCAUGGGCGUGGCGCAGAUGGCGGGCGCCAACGCCGCUGCGCUCUCCUCACUGCUCUCCAACCUGCUCUCCCUCGACCACCUCCUCCUCUCCCCCUCCCACCGCCACCCCGCCGCCCCCGCCACCUUCUCUGGCUUCGGGGAAGCUUCCUCGCAAGCGCCUCCUCCUGGUGCCUCUCAACCCGCCUUCUCCCACCAGACCUCGGCUCUAGCUUCGGGAAGCGGAGGUUUAUUUGGCACACCUACCCUAGGUCUUAGGUAUGGAGGAACUGAAGCAGGUGGUUCGGCCGUGCCAGGCGUGGGAGCAGGGGGCGGGGUGGUGGGGAGAGCAGUGUACGGUGAGGGGGUGGUGGGGCCGGUGUGGGGCGAGGCAUGGGCCAUGGCGGAUGUGGUGCGCACCGCUCUGUACCGCAUUGCAGAGACGUUUGGGGAGGAGAUGGUGGAGAAGGGGGGCGGGGCGAUGGGAGGAGGGAGAGGGGGAAGAGGAGGCAGUGGGGCAGGUUCGUGGAGGGUGGACGAGGCAUGGUUGCCGCUGUUUGGGUCGAGAGAAGCGCAUGCAGCCAAGGUGCUGUCGCUGCUGGCACACACCGAGUAG